AUCCCGUCGACGUUUGCGGGCUGGUGCACUAGAUAACUACUACACACACGUCUAGGGCAUCGACGCCGACGCACGACACGACAAAAAGGCCCUAAAAAGUUCGACACUCGAUCACCCCGAACACUCGUCAGAGCCACCCGCCACCAUGUCUGAAGAAGACGGGUCCUACCCCCGCCUCACGUCGUACACGGCGCCGCAGGAUAUUCUCGACGAGCAUGCGCAGAUGGCCGAGGAGGAUGACGCCCCGGAUGAGAUCCAGGACCGCGCCAAGUCGAAGCAGAUCUCGGCGCGCCAGAGCGACUACCAGCUGCGACGAUUCAACCGUCGUGAUGGGCAGGGCGAGGGCGAGGACGAGAGCUACGAGCUGCGCAUGCGGCGCGUCGAGCUCGAGCGCGAAGAGGAGCGCGUGAGACGGCACAAGGAGAAGCUCGCGCAGGAGGAGGCCGAGAAGGCGGCGAUUGAGAAGCGCGAGCCGGCCGGCGGCGACGACAAGACGCCACCACGAUCGCAGGUCGCCGACGACGCAACCCCGCCCCGUGGCGCUAUUGGCGACGCCGGGUCCCCACCUACCACGCGCAGGCGGAGAUGGGACGAGCCCGAAGCCGAGGUCAAGGAGGAGAAGCCGGAUGCCGACGAGCCUGCACCCAAGAAGCGCCGCUCGCGAUGGGACCAGACGCCAGAGGACAAGGGCGAGGUUGCCGAGGCUGCGCCGAAGCGGUCGCGCUGGGACCAGAAGCCCGACGUCGAGGAGUCGAGCUCGGCUGUUGCGUCGUCGUCAAGUAAUGGCGAUGCCAAGCCCUCCCAGGCCAUGGUCGAGGACAGGCGAUACAGAGCUAUCACCGACGACGAGCUCAACUCGCUGCUUCCUGGUUCCGCGGAGGGUUACUCGAUUGUGCCGGUCCCCGAGGACUAUGUCCCCAGCGCACCCGUCCGCAAGAUGGUCUCGGCGUCAUCGCAGCAUGCUGAGAGCAGCGGGUUCAUGAUGCAGGACGAGAACGCCGCGGCACGAGCUGUCGCUGCUGCUGGUGGAUUCCAGGGCGCUGGCGAGCAGACGGAGAUCGACGGCAUCGGAACCCUCCAGUUCCUCAAGCCCGAGGACGCCCAGUACUUCGCCAAGGUGCUCGGUGAGGGUGGUGGCGAGGCCGACGACGUCAUGUACUCGCUCGACGAGCUCAAGGAGCGCAAGAUUAUGCGUCUGCUGCUCAAGAUCAAGAACGGUACUCCACCCGUGCGAAAGACUGCGCUGCGACAGAUCACCGACAAGGCACGCGAGUUUGGCGCCGGCCCAUUGUUCGACAAGAUCCUCCCGCUGUUGAUGGAGCGCACGCUCGAGGACCAGGAACGGCACUUGCUCGUCAAGGUCAUUGACCGUGUGCUCUACAAGCUCGACGAUCUUGUUCGCCCCUACGUCCACAAGAUUCUUGUGGUCAUUGAGCCCCUGCUUAUUGACGAGGACUACUAUGCGCGUGUCGAGGGUCGCGAGAUUAUCAGCAACCUCGCCAAGGCUGCCGGUCUCGCCCACAUGAUCUCGACCAUGCGUCCUGAUAUCGACCACGUGGACGAGUAUGUGCGCAACACGACUGCCCGUGCGUUCGCGGUUGUCGCUUCGGCGCUCGGCAUUCCCGCCCUUCUGCCCUUCCUCAAGGCCGUGUGUCGCUCCAAGAAGAGCUGGCAGGCUCGCCACACCGGUAUUCGUAUCAUCCAGCAGAUUGCCGUCAUGAUGGGCUGUGCGGUGCUCCCCCACCUGCGCAACCUCGUCGACGCCGUCGCCGAUGGCCUGCAGGACGACCAGCAAAAGGUCCGCACAAUGACUGCGCUUGCGCUUGCGGCUCUUGCUGAGGCUGCCGCGCCUUACGGUAUCGAGUCGUUUGACAAUGUCCUCAAGCCGCUUUGGAUCGGCCUGCGCCAGCACCGUGGCAAGACGCUCGCCGCCUUCCUCAAGGCGAUCGGAUACAUUGUCCCGCUCAUGGACCCCGAGUACGCGGGUUACUACGUGCGCGAGUGUAUGCCCAUUCUCAUCCGCGAGUUCCAGACGUCGGACGAGGAGAUGCGCCGCAUCGUGCUGCAGGUCAUCAAGCAGUGUGCUGGCACUGAGGGUGUCACGCCGACAUUCGUCCGCCAGGACAUUCUCCCAGAGUUCUUCAAGGCAUUCUGGGUCCGCCGCAUGGCCCUCGACCGCCGCAACUACAAGCAGCUGGUCGAGACGACUGUCGAGCUCGCCAGCAAGGCCGGUGUCUCUGACAUUGUCGGCCGCAUCUCCAACGACCUCAAGGACGAGAGCGAACCAUACCGCAAGAUGGUCAUGGAGACGAUCACAAAGGUGGUCCAGAACAAUGGCGCUGCGGAUAUCGACGAGCGACUCGAGGUCCAGCUUAUCGACGGCAUCAUCUUCGCGUUCCAGGAGCAGACCCUCGAGGACAAUGUCAUGCUGGAUGGCUUUGGCGCUGUUGUCGCCGCGCUUGGCUCGCGCGUCAAGCCCUACCUCCCGCAGAUUGUGUCGAUGAUUCUGUGGCGCUUGACAAACAAGUCUGCCAAGGUCCGUAUGCUCGCUGCCGACCUGACAACAAAACUCGCCCCGAUUAUCAAGCAAAACGACGAGGACGCGCUGCUCAGCAAGCUCGGUGUUGUGCUGUUCGAGCAGCUCGGUGAAGAGUACCCCGAUGCUCUUGGAAGUAUCAUCGCCGCCGAGGCUGCCAUCGCCAACGUUGUCGGCAUGACCCAAAUGAACCCGCCCGUCAAGGACCUGCUUCCGCGCAUGACGCCAAUUCUGCGUAACCGACACGAAAAGGUGCAAGAGGCGACCAUCAACUUGAUUGGUCGUAUUGCCGACCGUGGUGCCGAGUUUGUCGCCGCCAAGGAGUGGAUGCGUAUCUGUUUUGAGCUGCUCGACCUGCUCAAGGCGCACAAGAAGGCUAUUCGUCGUGCGGCCGUCAACUCGUUUGGCUACAUUGCCAAGGCCAUUGGUCCCCAGGACGUGCUGAGUGUUCUCCUCACCAACCUCAAGGUGCAGGAGCGUCAAAGCCGUGUCUUGUCGACUGUCGCCAUUGCCAUUGUCGCCGAGACCUGUGGUCCUUUCACGUGUAUCCCCGCCAUUCUCAACGAGUACCGCACGCCGGAGCUCAAUGUCCGCAACGGUUGUCUCAAGGCAUUGGCGUACGUGUUCGAGUACGUUGGAGAAAUGUCGAAAGACUACAUCCACUCGGUUGUCGGUCUGCUCGAGGACUCGCUCACCGACCGUGACCACGUCCACCGACAAACCGCAUGUGCGAUUGUCAAGCACCUGACGAUUGGUGUUGCCGGCCUGGGCUACGAGGAGGCGUUGACGCACCUGCUCAACCUCGUGUGGCCCAACAUCUUGGAGACAAGUCCACACGUCAUUGGCGGUGUCAUGGACGCUAUCGAGGCUAUGCGCAUCGGUAUCGGACCUGGUGUCGUGUUGAGUUAUGUCUUGCAGGGCUUGUUCCACCCAGCGCGACGAAUCCGUGAGGUCUACUGGCGAAUGUACAACACGCUCGUCUUGGGCGCGGUUGACGCCAUGGUGCCAUUCUACCCUGCAUUGGGGUCGGCUGCUGACCUGGCGUCUGGACAAGACUACACGCGCCACCAUUUGCUCAUGUGGGUUUAAGUAGAGUAUAUUGUGACAUUGUAUCAACAUAUGCAUGGGGG